UACACACUCCGAUAACACGGGAGAGAAGAUAGACGAAAUGUUGAGAUUUGCUGUGCUACUUUUGUUGGCAUCGCUUGCCUAUGGCAGCGAUGUACUUGACUUUGAUGACAGUAACUUUGAAAGCAAAAUUGUACAACAUGAUGUUAUUUUAGUCGAGUUUUUUGCUCCAUGGUGUGGGCAUUGCAAAAAAUUGGCACCCGAGUAUGAGAAGGCUGCUACCGCUUUGAAGAAGAAUGACCCUCCACUGGCUCUGGCUAAGGUGGACUGUACUGCCAAUACUGAUACUUGUUCCAAGUUUUCCGUCAGUGGUUAUCCUACCCUAAAAAUCUUUCGUGGAGGAGUGUUCUCUAAAGACUAUGAUGGAGGACGAGAUGAAGCUGGCAUCGUGAAAUAUAUGAAGAAAGAAGGUGGACCAUCUGCCAAGGAGCUGACUGAUGUUGAAACAGCAGAAAAAUAUCUCGCAGUUGCAGAGUAUGCUUUAGUUGGAUUCUUCAAAGAUGCUGGAAAACAGGAAAAAUUCAAGAAAGCUGCUGAUGUUCUGAACAGCGAAGUUCGAUUUGCUUUUACAACAGAACAAUCUGUUCUGGAUAAAUAUGGUUAUUCUGACGAGGUUGUCCUGUUACAGCCAAAAACUCUUCACAGCAAAUUUGAAGACGCAGCUAUCAAGUUUGAUAAAGCUUUGACAACCGACAAUCUACGAAACUUCCUGGGAAUCAAUUUACUCGGCCUUUGCGGUCACCGUACCAUACCAAAUGCAGCUUCUUUCUCAAGGAGACCCCUUGUUGUUGCAUACUUCGAUGUUGACUAUGUGAAAAAUGUUAAGGGAACAAACUACUGGAGAAACAGGGUGAUGAAGGUUGGAAAGAAGUUACAGGAUGCAGGUAAAGAUGUAUUCUUUGCUGUAAGCAAUGCUGAUGAAUUUUCUCAGGAGUUAGAAGAGUUUGGAAUGAAAGGAGAUGGAAAGACAGUUCAAGUAAAUGCAAGGGAUUCACGUGAAAAGAAAUUUGUCAUGACUGAAGAGUUUUCAAUGGAUACAUUUGAAAAAUUUGUCAAUGAUUUCUUGGAUGAUAAACUUGAAGCUUAUAUGAAAUCCGAGGCUGUACCAGCAGACAACAGUGGACCAGUGAAGGUUCUUGUUGCCAAAAAUUUUGACGAGAUUGUUACUGAUGAUAAAGAUGCGCUGUUAGAAUUUUAUGCUCCCUGGUGUGGACAUUGUAAAUCCUUGGAGCCAAAAUACAAUGAAUUAGGAGAAAAGGUUAAAGACAUUUCGGACAUUGUUAUUGGAAAAAUGGAUGCUACAGCAAAUGACGUACCAAGUCCAUAUGAAGUUAGAGGUUUCCCAACCAUUUACUUUAAACCCAAGGGUAGGCCACCAAUGAAAUAUGAGGGUGGAAGAGAAGUCAAUGAUUUCAUGAAAUACUUGGCCAGCAAUGCUGAAAGCAAGGAUGAGGUUAACGCAGCUAUGGAUGGUGAGAAGAAAAAGAAGAAGAAGAAGAAGACUGAACUAUAAACACUUAAAGAGCAUGAAAGUAGCUAAAGUAAAAAAGUGCAGAUCGAAUGAAAGAAGUACAUGAUUAUCAUAGAGCUAUUCUUCUCAUCCUUUUCUUUUAUGUAAGUGAUAAGUAUUGACUUUCAUUCCCAUUUUUACAUUAUGUAAACAGUAUCUUCAACAUAUUAAUAUGUAUGGGUGUUUUACUCCCGACAGUCAAGUUAACUUACUCUCACAAAAUUUCAUUCCAUGCAGUUGUGGGGUUUUUCAAAUUCUUGAUAUAUGUAUCAAAAUGAUUAAGUGAAUUACUUUCUUACAAAGAUAAACCAAAAACUUGUGAUUAGGUUUCUCCUGCAGUGACAUGUAAAUUAUUCAUAUCUUGUUUUUGAUAGUUUAUUUUAUUGACAGCAAUGUUCAUUUGGGUGCUGGUAAACAUUCAUGUUGUUAACUUCAAUUUGUAGUUGGUGCAUGGUGAAUGGUUAGUGCGAGAUUUGGGUAUGAAUGUGAAUAUUAAUGAAUAUUAAUGAAUAUAAAGGUGUGCGUGAAUGAGUUUCUCUUAUGCCAAGGGUAGAAUAUUUAUAUUUUUAAUGGGAGAAUUCUGAGCUUUACUGAUUAUGUAACGACCAAUAAAAAUUUUAACAUGAAAUGCUUUACUGAUCAGUCGCAUCCUAGACACUUUAAAAACUUUAAAUCUACCACCAAGUAGUGCUUCUGAAAUCAAAAACAUUUCCUUUCCGCUGUUAUCUCCUCAGUAAGGAAGCCCUGAUGUUGCUAUACCAUUGUCCAUUAUCAUUGUUAGGCCCCUAAAAUGUUUAUGUAUCCUUUUCUUACAAUAUAUAAUAUAUAUAAAGUGAAAGAAAGAAAUGCAAGUUGGGAAAAUUGAAGCAAAACUCUGUGGAAGCCUCAAUAGAUUGAAACAUUAAAUUAAUUUAAACUGA